AUGUGCGACACUAAACAUUGUACCAAAAAUAAUAACAAUAGUAGAAAUAAUAAUAAAAAUAAUGUAAAAUUUAUUAUACGCGAGGCAACAAAACAGGACUGUCCAUCACUGAAACAGUUAAUCAUUGGACUGGCAAAAUAUGAAAGCCGAUCGCUGGAGACGUUACCCAAUAUUGAACAGUUAGAAGAGUACGGUUUUGCCGAUCAAUUAGCCAAACGGCUGUUUCGUACGGUUGUGGCACAACUGGACGGUGGCGACGGCGACAACAAUGAGCUCAUUGGUUAUGCCUUAUACUAUCGAAACUAUACGCCAAGUCAGGGCAAAGGUAUGUAUAUGGAGGACCUGUAUGUCGACAGUGAAUACCGUGGCUGUGGCGUAGGCCGUGCACUGGUAGCACAGGUCGCUAAACAGUGUGUCGAUGCGGAAUGUACUUCAAUGGAGUGGUUAUGUUACGGUUGGAAUACCAGUUCAUUGGAUUUUUAUAAAAACUUGGGCGCAGUUGACAUUCAAGAGUCGCUAGAGUGUCAUAAGUUUGGUAUUAGCGGAGAUGAUAAACUCGCACAGUUAGCCAAUAAAACAGUGGAUCAGCAAUCAAUCAAAUAUAAAAUUAGGACAGGUGUUAGAGAUGAUUGUCCGGCGGUCAGGGAAAUGAUUCUCAAGUUUACCGUUGAUGUAAAAAUGAAUCUCAACAAAGUGGUCACUCUCGACCAACUACGAGACGAUGGAUUCGGUGAUGAUAAGGACAGUCGACAGUACAGACUGUUGGUCGUACAACUAGAUGACAGCUCGGAACUGAUCGGGUUUGCAAUAUAUUAUAAUGACUAUUCGCUUAACGAUGGAAAAGGUUUGUGGUUGGAUACGCUCUAUGUUAAGCCACAAUAUCGGCGCUCGGGUGUCGGCCGGUUGCUGAUGUCUAGAGUGGCCUCGGAAGCGAUUGCUGAUCGGUGUCAUACAGUUUGCUGGGGUUGUUAUGCGUGGAACCGGAGGGCCAUUGAUUUUUAUGAACAAUUUGGUGCCAUUAACUAUUCGCUUGUUUACGAUCUCCGUCUGUUUGCUAUUGAUGGGCCGGCACUCAAACAAUUAGCUGACUGUGCACUGCAAUGACCGGACAAUGCAAUACAUAAGUAAAAAAAUUUAGUA